AUGCUCUCGAGACACCUUUGUUUAGUCGGACGUGCGUUCUCCUCCGCAGUACAAGAAUCCGCUUCCUCCAGUGAAUCCAAUGUGUCAAACUUUCAAAGAGAACUGUGGCGAAAGCCGGAGAGUCCGUUCGUCAAGACGCCCCAAGCAUGGAUCUCGAGUCUGGAGACCGUCGAUGAGGAGAAGAUCGGUCUCGUCGACCUCCAUCCAGACAUCUUCAGAACGGCUCCACGCAUCGACAUUCUGCAUCGUAAUCUGACGUGGCAGAGUGUUUAUCGAAAUGUUCAGAUGACAAAGAUGUUGACGAAGGCAGAAAUGCCGGGAGGAGGCAGGAAGCCGUGGCCGCAAAAGAAGACCGGACGAGCGCACGUCGGAUCGAUCCGCGCCCCACAGUUCAUUCGAGGAGGUUUCGCAAACGGCGUUCGAGGUCCGAGGACAUGGUUCUACAUGCUCCCAGAUGCCGUCCGAAUCCAGGGACUCUGCGUUGCUCUCACCUUGAAGCACGCACAGGACGAUUUGCACAUUGUCGACAAUAUUCAGCACUUGCAUAACGGCGAUCCCAAAUUCUGGCUUGAUGUGAGACUCCGUUCCCCUGUUUGUUCAUCUGUUUUUACUCUGUUUUCAGUUGUGCGAAGCCCGCAACUACGGAUAUUCUGUUCUCUUCGUGGACGACAACGAUCAAGUGACGGGCGGUCUGGCCGAGGCGCAGCAGGCACUUCCGUGGCUCAACGUGAUGCCGGUUUACGGACUCAACUGCUUUUCGCUCAUCAAAUACGAUACCGUCGUUCUGUCGAGAAGUGCCCUGGAAAAAGUAGAAGAGCGACUGCUUACUCACAUGAACAGGGCAGGACCAAUGAACAAGAAAUUCAGGUAACUUCAUGGAACCCAAAAGAGCUUUUUGAAACUGUUUUGUUGCAGAUACACAGACUACAAAGAGAAGAUCCUGCAGGAAGCGGAGGCGGAAGAGAAUCCGUUGAUGCCUCCAGUUGUUUGA